UCAACAUCGAAGAAGGUUUGUGACCAAAUACGCGUUUCAUAUCAGCGAAAGAUACAGUUACAAUAAGAAGCGGCAGCAACGGUCAUACUACGGAUUUGUGGGUGUAUUUUACGUUGAAAAGUGUGAUCGUGGGUGAGCGUGGUUUGUGCAUCCCAAAAGCCGAACCGACCGAAAGGGUCAGAAAGUGUUCCCCCCGCCCCCCUCUUUCGAGAAGGCAAGGUGAAAAAGUGAGUGCACGCGCUACAGGAAACAACCUGCUCCGUGCGUGCACCUGUGUAUCAUCAUCAUCAUCAUCAUCGAAACGCGAGGUACGACGAACCAUCAUUAUCACCAUCAUCGGGCCGUGCACGAACGAAGAAGGAAGUGAAACGCGUAAUACCGCUGCUGCAGGAGGAGGAGAAGGAGGGUUCGCGUAAUCUUCCACAUCCGAGUACUAUUUUGUGAAAGAAUGCAAUAGAAAGUGUCCGUGUGUGCGUGUGUGCGCGUGUGCGCGUGUGUUUAUCGUUGUUAUUAUUGUGCUAGUAUCCGAAGCAGGCGGCUGCGUUGGUGUCACCCUUUACAUCAUCGUCAUCAUCGCGAUCCGGGGAGUCCUUGAAAACACUUUUGUCGUUUUGCGUGCAGCGGAAGUGCCAGGAAACGACGGGAAAAGGAUAUAUUUGGUUCAUUUUUUCUCCGAAAAGUUGAACGUUUCCACCCCCAUCCCCACACAUAAGUAAACACACACUCCGUCUCAUCUGGAACCACGCACCUAUCCGGUUGGUUGUAUGCACAUGAUCAAUAUGCAAUAGCGGCGGAGUGAGAGAUGGUACACUGGCCUUGCGGUGGGUUCGCCUUGAACGAAGGUAGAGGGCCCCCAUCGGGUUGGGGAAGGGUAGCUGUACCAUCAACCGCGGAAUUGCGUUCGAUUUCUGUACCGUGUAUUUUUACCACUGGGGGUCUCGGUACACGUGCUAGCGUUAUAAUGCUUGGAAUGUUGCCGUUUUGCAACAAGUUUCGGGGCUUUUGUUUAUUUUUACCAUCCCAUGUUGACCGUGCGGAUCGUCAUCAUCAUCCGGCCCUCUCACUCGUUGCAUUUAGGUUCGCACAAAAAUCAAUGACAUUUCAAGUAGCAAACAUUACCCUGCACACAGGGAACCCUCGGCCAUCCCAGCCGCAGCUGCAACAGAAAACUGUUGCUGCCUCUUUCACUUCAUCGAAGCGCAUCCUUCGCCGAGGGUCGCGUGCCUAGCGUGGAGCUAAAGUGCACUCCUACUGAAUGGAAAACAUCUUCCUUUCUUCCUCUCCAUGUCCAACGAGGGACAUGACCGACGUUGGAGCACGGCGACCUUCCGUAUAUCGUCGUCGUCCCUCUUUCUCUCUCUCUCUUUUCUCUCACGAACGUGGUAGAGCUUCCCCGUAGCACGCGUAUCCUUGCAUGGCCAACUAAGGAACGAUGACGGCAUUUCAGCCUUUCACGGUCGUUCCACUGGUAUGACGUCGUAGUAGCAACGAUUGGGCUUCAAGUUGAAUCCCCUUUCCCUCCCGGUACUAGUAGUAGUUGUCGUAGUAACCCGGCACCGGUUUUCUGGUCAUGUGUGGUGUGCUUCUACUGGUUUCUUCUCGGACGAUGUAAAGCUGACCAAUCGAAUGAUCGUGGUCGCUAUUUUUGGAAAAUACUUAUUUUCGGAUCCGUGGCACAGAGAACAGAAGCCGCUAAGAGCGCAGGAAGACAGAUGCUCGGACUCGCAAGAUGAUGCUCGGUGCGGCUGUGCUGUGGAAACGUUACCCACUACCAAGUAUUAGUUGCCUGUGUGUAGACCGCGCAGUUCUCCGUGUUGUUGUCGUAAAUGGUUUUUUAGAAAUAACCUUACCGCAAAAUCUAUUUGCGAAUCAUUGUAAAGCUUAGUAAAGUUCGCGGUAUACCAAUUUGCUCUUUAUUUCGUUUUGCAUGGCAUGGCUCGAUUCUCACGGGUGCGUUACACCACAUCGUGCCGAUGAAUCAUGCAAAGUGUGCCGUGAACGAGGUUGUUUGAACGGUAUUUUGGAUUGACGCGACAAGAACCAUGUGUGUGUGUGUGUGUGUGUGUGUGUGUGUGUGUGUAGGGAUGUUAGUUCAACUGGCUAGUGAUAGGCACUCCUUCGAAAAAUGUUAUCAGGUCAUCAGCAAACAAGUGCGAAAAUGGAAGGAGUGUCUGCUCCCCCCCGGGGGGGGGGCUGUUGAGGGUUAUCACUUUGACACGGCAUCAGUCCGCGGUUCAUAAUAGCGUCAAGCAAAAAAGUUAUCUUGCUUUGUUUGCAAAUCAACGUGUGUGAACCGUGUUUAUGAUUCACGAACAAAAAAGGUGCUUUAAAAGCCGAUAAAAAGCCAAUACUGACUACCAAUAGAUUUGAAUCAGGGUACCUGACUCAUCCGAUUGCUGCAAAGCGUUAUACAGAUGCCGGACAGCGAAUAUUUUGUCCAGCAGUAAGGUGAUCAGCACAAAAGGCGUAUUCAACAGCAGAUGAAUUAAAUGAUCAUGUGCUGAGCUUGAUGCCUCCCUUACGAUCCCGUGCUCCAUGCGACAUUUACAAGCGCUACUGCCGUGAUGUCAUCUUGAUAGAAUUACGCGAGCUGCGCUACUGGAGAGGGUGUGUACGGACCAUAGCAGAAAAGGAAAGGCAUCUUUAAACAAUUAAGCGUUGCUGUAUGUGUCAUCGAUCAUCGGUUUAUCACCCCAACCGUAACACACACUUGAGGCCCACUGGCGGUAUGGUAUGCGCGUAGCGCUCGAUGGAAAGGUUGAUCCAGCUAGAUCGUCGAACCUUCGCCAGACGGCCAGCAAUUUUGAUGUUUUGAAGUGGGCGCGGGAGUUUGAGAAUUUCAGAUUCAGGACGGGAAACCAACGAUAAUUGAAUUGGUCGUAAAAAAAAUGGAAAUAGCUUCAUUUGUGAACCAAAUCACACUCAGCAAAGACGGAAUCCUAAGCCUGCCUUGCUUGAGAUUGCCACAUUUUGGCAGGUCAAGCGCUGUGAGAGAUCAGUUCAGUUUUUCGAAUUCGAAUAUCGUUGAAUUGUGGAUUUCUUUUGAGCAUUUUUGAUCAUUUUUGAAAGUUUGUACGAACCACGGCGUUUGCUUCGGCGGAGUAUGUGUGUGAUUCAACACGCAACUGUCCCCAUUUUCGACGACUUGUGUUCGUGUUACGUUUUCCGGUGACCUUGGUUACAGGUCACUGGCUCACUGGCAGUUGCACUGGUGCGUAACGCAGCAGACAAUCGAUGGAAACGAUUUUUUCUAAUCUGUUCGUCUAAUGAUGGACACUUUACUUCCGGUUCUUAACAAUCGCCCAUCAGCUGGACGGCGAACCUUGGGCCUAGGAAUGUACCAACCCGCCCCCUCUACCAUGCGAUUGCAUCACAAGCACGAAAAGAUUGUUUCUAAACUCCAUGGAAUCUCACCGCACACUAUCGCAUUCUUACUCCCUGUGUUGAUAAAAUAAUUGUUUUUUUUGCCUAAUGCGUGUCACGUUUACUCAGUAUCAUCAUCAUCAUCAUCAUCAUGAGGUCAAUAACCGUUUUUGUGUGACUAAUCCUUUGAUAUCCAUCAUCUUUGCUCAUCUCUUUUCAAGCUACCCACAUGUCAUGCCGGUAAUGCAUUAACGUCGUCACUACACAUCCAGUGGGCGAUACAUACUAGUUUUUCUUAGAUAAAAACAUCACCGCCAAACCUCCCAUCUCUGCCAGGACGAUCCCGGUCGUUCCUGAUACGAUCGUUGGCCAAAGCACAUUGGAGUAACGAAACAACUAGGAUGCAUCACCAACAAUCCAUAAACACCACAGCUUAAUUGGCAUAACCAAAAAAGGACUCAGAAGAAUUCUGAACAAAAUGAGGCUUCACUCAGGUGGUCCCGAGACGAUGGCACAUUAGGUCGAACGUGGUGGCUCCUGUUGCAGAUAGUGAUUUUUUGCAAAGCCGCACAAUUUAAGGACAAUAGCACUAGAGAAGGGUGGGUAGCGAAAAGGGUCCUUCCACCAAGCCACACCAACCACAACCACUUCCCAUCCUCCAUUGCUACCGUCGAUGGUUCGAUCCACCUGUGACGGUGGCGGUGAAGCAAGAAGGGGCACGCAUAGUGCACGCGAAACACGGUGCAGUUGCAUCCCGUUGCCGCUGCUGCUGCGCCAACAACAACGGUCAGCUCCGAUGUUCGGUGCGAUCCGAGUAGAAGCAAACGAUUGGAGCCACCAGGAUGGAGACCACCACACAGUUGGUGACCGAAUUCAUCACGCACACUGGAGCCAAUACGCAGGACGCGGUCAGCUGUCUGAAAUCGUGGGAAUGGGAUCUGAAGAAGGCUUUAAUAGAUUACAACGAUACGUCAACAAAUGAAUAUUUCAACAACAAGAAAAAUGAGAGCGACGGUUUGAUGAAACCACACUCAUCCACCACCGCACCCACCAGCUCCACCACAUCGUCACAUUUUCUGCACGGAUCCAAUCGAUCGUCCACUUCCACUCUGCUUCCACCGACGUUGUCGACGACAGCGGUGGCGGGCACGAUCAUCGCGUCACCAUCACCACCACCACCACCGGGCACGUCCGCGGUUGCGUUGCGCCACCAUCACCACCCCCUUCAUCAACCAUCGUAUUCGAGUGGUGGCGGCCUGAUCGGCAACGGCUUGGCACCCAGUUGUGGUAGCGCGAGUGGUGACAGCAACAGCAGCAGCUACAGUAGCAGCAAUAGCAGUGCAGUUGUGCAUGUUCAAUCACCGGUCGUAAAAUCAGCAACGCCAUCUGUGUCCUCACUGGGCGGCGGCGCCAGUUGCCGCCCAGUGGUUGGCCCGAUCAUUCGUCAACAUCAUCAACACCAUCCGCAGCAAUACGGCGGCCACCCGGCGGCUGCGGGUGCGGCCGCUGCUACGGCUGUUGUGUCGAGUGAACCAUCGGAGCAUUGGGGCAAUAGCGACUCCCUGUCCAUCAUCACGCAACGACCAUCGGCCUCUCAGCUGAAACCGAUGCUUACCAAAACCGAUUCGGUUGACAUU